AGCCUGUGAACAGGACAAAAAUAGAUGGUCAAAAUAACCCUUGAAAGUCGACAAGGAAGUCCUUCGUGCGUUUGCAGCACCGUCUCCCAGUAAGUCCAGAAGAGCCUGUAUUUCCUUCAAUAUUGGACAGAUUUUCCAAUAUUCUCAUUCAAGUUCUAAUAUUCUAAUUCAAGUUCACUUGAAUUUAGAGGCUGUACUAAAUGAUAAUAGAUGUCUUUAAAUAGUAGCAUUUCACUCAACAUGUUCACCCCAAAGGUCUCGCUGAGAGACGUGUCGGAAGUGAGACCCACUCAGAAUGCCAUUGGUUUACCUCUCCAACUCACUUUAUACUUAAGGGAGAUCCAGGACGAAGAGCUGAAGAAGUUCUGUUCCCGGGUCAGUAAGCUGCUGCAGAAGGAGGACUUGGGGCCUGAUGCGGCUGACGCCCUCCGGCGGCUUUUCCUCAUCGUCUCGGCCACAAAAUAUAAUAGGAAGCUGGAGAAGACAUGUGUGGACCUGCUACAGACAACCCUGUGUCUGCCCACGUGCCCUGAGCAGCUCCAGCUUCUCUGUGCCGCCAUCCUGAGAGAGAUGUCGCCCUAUGACAGCCUGAGCCUCUGCUGUGACCACAUCCAGAACACGCGGCAGCUGAGCCUGGUGGCCUCUGUGCUCUUGGCCCAGGGUGACAAAAAGCAGGAGGUCAGAAAUGUGGGCCUGCGUGUCUUCAAAGUCCUCGAGAGCCGGCAGCCCGAGGGGCCCAGUCUGCGGCCCCUCCUCCCAGUCCUGUCCAAGGUCACCAGCCUCGCCCCGGGCACCCUCCACCAAGACCAGACCAACGUGCUCAAUAAGAGGCUGGUGGACUGGCUCCGCUACGCCAGUGUCCAGCAGGGCCUUGUACAUUCUUCCGGAGGCUUCUUCUCCACGCCCAGGGCCCGGCAGCCAGGUCCUGUCACCGAGGUGGACGGGGCCGUGGCCACAGACUUCUUCACGGUGCUGUCCACGGGCCAGCACUUCACGGAGGACCAGUGGCUGAACGUGCAGGCCUUCUCCAUGCUUCGGGCGUGGCUGCUGCACAGCAGCCCCGAGGGCACAGGCACCGCGGACACAGAUGACAGAUCAGAGCUGGAGGGCUCCACCCUGUCUGUGCUCUCUGCCACCGCCUCCACCAGCCGCCUGCUGCCCCCUCAGGAGCGGCUGAGGGACAAGGCUUUCGAGUAUUGCCAGCGCCUCAUCGAGCAGAGUAACCGGCGAGCCCUGAGGAAAGGGGACGCAGACCUACAGAAAGCUUGCCUGGUGGAGGCCGUGCUGGUGCUGGACGUACUCUGCAGGCAGGACCCCUCCUUCCUGUACCGCACCCUCUCCUGCCUGAAGGCCCUGCAUACACGGCUGUGCGGGGAUCCCACCAGCGUGCGAGCGCUGCUGCCCCUCGCCCAGUUCUUCCUGAACCACGGGGAGGCAGUUGCAGUGGAGUCGGAAGCCAUGUGCCAGCACCUGUUCACCAGGACCCCUUCUGAGCUCUUCCACAGCCCGACACUGGCCUUCGAGUUCAUCCAGUUCUGCAGAGACAACCUCCCUCUGUUUGGCAGAAACCUUAGCGUUCUCAAAUUGAGCUUCCCCAACCUCUUCAAGUUCCUGGCCUGGAACAGCCCGCCCCUGACCUCUGAGUUUGUGGCGCUCCUCCCGUCGCUGGUCGAUGCUGGCACGGCCGUGGAGAUGCUCCAUGCACUGUUGGACCUGCCGUGUCUGACCGCGGCCUUGGACCUGCAGCUCAGGUCAUCGCCAGCUGCAUCCGAGAGACCGCUCUGGGACACCUCCCUCCGGAUCCCCAGCUGCCUGGAGGCCUUCCGGGACCCGCAGUUCCAGGGUCUCUUCCAGUACCUGCUGCGUGCCAAAGCCAGCGGAACCACAGAGAGGUUGGCGCCACUCCACCAGCUGCUGCAGCCCAUGGCCAGCUGCGCCCGGGUGGCCCAAUGUGCCGAGGCUGUGCCCACCCUGCUCCGGGCGUUCUUCUCAGCUGUGAGCCAGUUUACUGACAAGGCGCUGACCAACCAGCUGGCACUGCUGCUCCUAGAGAGAAGUGAAUCGCUUUACCAGGUCCCAGGGUACGAAGCCAGUGUGCACAGGGUGCUGAGCUCCGAGUUCCUGGCCCUGUGCACGCGGCACCCUUCCUUGGUGGUCGAGCUGGCGAAAGAGCUCCUGGAAUUCCUGGGUGGCACCAGUGGCUUACGCAGCGGUGCAAGCAUGCUCAGCUCCGUGGUGUGGGCCACCGGCGAGUACCUGUCGGUGUGCUGGGACCGGCGGUGCACCGUGGAGCAGAUCAACAAGUUCUUCGAAGCCCUGGAAGCCCUGCUGUUCGAGCUUACGCAGUCGCGCCCCUCUGCCACGCUUCCCAGGUGCCCGCCUCAGGUCAUCACCACACUGAUGACCACACUGACCAAGCUGGCCUCCCGGAGCCAAGACCUGAUCCCCAGGGUCUCUCUGUUCCUGUCAAAGAUGAGGACCCUGGCCCUGAGCCCAGCCACGAGCUCCGAGCACUGUGAGGAGGGCGUGGGAGCCGUGCGCAGGCGGGCCACCGAGCUGCUGCACCUGCUAAAGAUGCCCAGCGUGGCCCAGUUUGUGUUCACACCCAGCGUGGAUGUGUCCGAGCCCCGCUAUCACCGUGACACCAACACGGCCCUGCCCCUGGCCCUGUGCACGGUCAGUCGGCUGGUGGAGAAAGAGGCGGGCCUCCUGCCAGGGUGAAGGGACAGUGACCAGGUGGACGCCAGCCGGGGCGCAGAUUAAGAGCCUGGUAUUAGGGCCAAACUCAGGCUUUAGAGAUCAGAACGGACAUCAGGGGGGCCUGGCUCCCGGGAGGGGGGGUCCCGCUGGGUCUCGGUCCCUCAGGGCUGGUCAGGGCUGUCCCAGUCCCACCCUGCGGGGCUUGUCUCUAAACCCCCUCCCUCGUGACCAUCCUGAGAUGCACGGUGAAGCAGCUCUGAUUUGUGGCUCUAGCCCCCUUGAGGGCUGGAUCGGAGCUGCUUGGUCAGUGUCCUGCUGUUCCUUUUUGGGGGUAGUUUGGGGGCAAGAAGAGAUUCAGCAAAAAUAAACUUCCUUUGAAAGUUUCUGCGUGAACAAGGCAGGGUUGUUCCCUUUCCCUGCACGCAGGGAAGAGGGUCAGGUACAGGGAACCCUGCUUCUGAGCCCAAGGGCACUUUCCGGCACUGCUGGGCUGGGACAGCUGGCCCUGGGGCUGGAAGGGCCCCACCUGGCCGGGCCAGGCACCUGGGGCUGUUCCUUCCCACUUAGUCCCAAUGUGUAAGGGCCAAGUGCUCCUCAGCUCCAGUGUCACAGGUGCUCCAGGAUAACGUCAGAUACACUCAGGAAGGAAGGACGGAGGAGGUGUGACGCUCCCAGAGGUGGUAGCUGCCCCUGGAGAAACGCGUUUGCUCAGUGUGCGUUUCCAGUGCACCUUCUUAGGCUCCUGAAUCACUUAAAGAUGCCGAGGCUGGGGCUCCCAGGCCUCUGCCGGGUGGGCUGGAGGUGCUGUCACCUUUACAGGCCUGCAGCCUCUUUCCAUUACCAGGGAGAGCAGUGCCCUCCAAGGUGGGGUCUCCCAGCAGCAGGGCGCCCAGUGACCCUGACACCUGCUGCCAGGAGCCGGAUCCCAAGCGGGGAGACACGCUGAGCGUGGUGGCGCAAGAAACGGCCCCCAGCCCCAGCACUUCCCACCCUUCUGUUGAACUCAGCAGCUGGGCCUAUGGACCAACUCCGGGGCCACCGG